AUGAUGACUCACACAUUACCGGGCGAACAGACACGUCUUGUUCCUGGGUCGAACUCAAAUUCUCGUCCAAAAAAGAGGCGGAUUUCUAAGCGGUCCAAGAUAAUCGUAUCCACGGUGGUCUUAAUUGGGUUGCUGCUGGUGUUAUUGCAACUGGUGUUCCCAAACACCAUUGUGUUGCGUUCUGCAUCAAACAAGAAGAAAAAUGUCAUAUUCUUUGUGACGGAUGGGAUGGGACCUGCGUCUUUGUCCAUGGCAAGAUCGUUCAAACAGCAUAUUCUUGACCUGGCCAUAGACGACAUCCUAACGCUUGACCAGCAUUUUAUCGGUUCUUCCAGGACAAGAUCUUCGAACUCCUUAGUCACCGACUCGGCUGCAGGCGCCACCGCGUUUGCAUGUGCAUUAAAGAGCUAUAAUGGGGCUAUCGGUGUAGAUACACACCACAGACCCUGUGGUACGGUGCUCGAAGCAGCCAAAUUGGCAGGCUAUCUCACCGGGCUUGUGGUCACGACAAGAAUCACGGAUGCUACACCAGCCUCAUUUAGUUCUCAUGUCGAUUACAGAUGGCAAGAGGAUCUGAUCGCUACUCACCAGUUGGGUGAGUAUCCCCUGGGUAGAGUGGUGGAUUUGCUAAUGGGUGGCGGUAGAAGCCACUUUUACCCUUACGGCGAGGAGGCUUCUCCAUACGGCCGCCAUGGUUCUAGGAAGGAUGGUAGAGACUUGAUUGAUGAGGCCAAGUCUAAUGGCUGGCAGUACGUGGGUGACCGUAAAAGUUUCGAUUCCUUGCUGGACAACAAUGGUGACAACAUUACCUUGCCACUACUGGGUCUCUUCGCAGAUAACGAUAUUCCCUUUGAAAUUGACAGAGAUGAAAAGGAGUAUCCUUCCCUCAAGGAUCAAGUCACUGUAGCUUUGAAUGCGUUGGAGAAAGCCUCCAAUGAGGAUAAGGACUCUAAUGGGUUUUUUCUAAUGGUCGAAGGCUCUAGAAUAGAUCACGCUGGCCACCAAAACGACCCCGCUUCACAAGUAAGAGAGGUUCUUGCAUUUGAUGAGGCAUUCCAGUAUGUUUUAGAAUUCGCUGAAAGUUCCGACACUGAAACUGUCUUGGUGUCUACAUCAGAUCACGAGACUGGUGGCUUAGCCGUCUCGAGACAAGUCACCGUCGGCUAUCCAGAUUAUGUUUGGUAUCCACAAGUUCUCGCCAACGCCACGCAUUCAGGAGAAUUUUUGAAGAGGAAGCUGGUAGAUUUUGUCCAUGUACAUAAAGGUGCAACCAGCAAGAUAGAAAAUUUCAUUAAAUAUGAGGUCUUGGAAAGGGACUUGGGUAUCUUCGACUACACAGAUGAUGAUGUGAAGACGUUGAUUCAUUUGGGUGACAACAUGAAUGCCAUUCAGGAUAAACUAAAUGACAUGGUCUCGUUCAGAGCUCAAAUUGGCUGGACUACGCAUGGCCAUAGUGCAGUCGAUGUUAACAUAUACGCAUACACAAACAAGAAAGCCACAUGGUCAUACCUCUUGGAGAGUUUGCAAGGCAAUCAUGAAAACACCGAAGUUGGCCAGUUCUUGGAAAACUACUUGGAAUUGAACUUGAGUAAGAUUACCGAUUUGAUUAGUGAUACCAAACACUCAUCGGAUUUCGAUGCUGCAGAAAUAGCUAGCGAAGUGCCCCAUUAUGAUGAAUACUACCACGAGUUAUCCCACUGA